GCUUUUGUCUCACUGCACUCACACGCACACACACCGCCGCACCAUAUGGUGGAGCAACAUGGUGUUUUUCGUUUUUUUUAUUACACAGCUCACUGUGUGCGAUCCCAGUGUGAACCUCUCUCCAGUGUGAACAGUUUACUAAUGUGAGCCUCGCGAAGCGGAUGCGUGGUUGCUAUUGCGUUUCUUCGAACAAAACGGCGGACAAGACCGGAGACAGUGUGUUGUUGUCGCCCUUUUUGGCGAGCUUUUAACAAAACAGAAGAAUAAAAAGUGGUUCGUUCUAAUCCUAGGCUUCUGAUAAGCGCGAGACCCCAUCUUGAAACAGUGAUUUGUACGAGUGCAUCAAUACGUGUGCAUGUGCGUGUGAUUAGUUGUUGAAGUUCGUGCGCUGUUCGUGCGAAAUCUUUUGUUUAUUUGUUCCCUCUUCCCGUGCGUGGAGCGGAUUAAACAAGCGCGGAACCGAAAAUGUCGACGCUGCUGAAUUUGGACAGCUAUCGGCAUGAGAUGUAUGAGCAACAGCAGCUGCUGGGCGCUUCAGCCAACCAGUAUACCAUCCUGUCGAUGGACACACCAACGCCGGCAGCAGGAACAGUGGUCAGUGUUGGAGAUUCGCACCAUUAUACGCUUGGUUCGGGCCGAUCUUAUGCCAGUGCGCUUUCGCCUUCGUCAUCGUCUGCAUCGCCAUCAUCACCGUCGUCGGUUGCAUCGCCCAAUAGCCGUGCCAGCAACAUGUCCCCGCAGUCUAGUGCGAGUGAGCAUAGUGCAUCGUAUACGCUGCAAAACCUCAACAUUUCCAACAGCACUGGCUCGAUGAAUUAUCCUGGCAUGGGUUAUCAACAGCAGCAUCAUCAGCCCCAACAUCAGCAUCAGCAGCAACACCAGCAGCAGCAGCAGCAGCAUCAAAUUCAACAGCAACAUUAUUAUGCUCCCCAGCUGCUGAAUCUUGAUCAGGAACAUCUACCAGCAAACAUUACCUACACGACCUCAUCCAAAGCUUUCGGAGCACCGGAUGCGGAAUACAGUGAACCGCAUCUAGUGAUAUUGGAGCAGCCGGUGGAUAAGUUUCGCUUCCGCUACCAAUCGGAGAUGCACGGGACGCACGGUUCCCUCAUGGGUAGUCGCACGGAGAAGGCGAAAAAAACGUUCCCGACGGUUGAGCUGCGUGGUUAUACGGGGGAGGCAAAAGUGCGUUGCUCACUGUACCAGGUAGAUCCGCAAAGACGUGCGCCCCAUUCGCACCAUCUCGUGAUUAAGUCCGGUGAGUUGGAUCUGAUUGAUCCACACGAGCUAGACAUUGGUGGACCGUCGGGAGAAUCCAAUGAUGGGAGUGGUAAUGGUGGCAGCUAUGUCGCCACCUUCCAAGGAAUGGGCAUUAUUCAUACGGCGAAGAAAUUUAUUGUCGAAGAGUUGUACAAGAAGCUGCGCAAGCAUCGACUCUGCGAGUUGAACCGUGAACCGACCGAGCGCGAAGAACAGCAGAUGCAGAAGGAUGCAACCUCAAUGGCGCGCACGAUGAAUCUAAACCAGGUGUGCCUCUGUUUCCAGGCGUAUCGUGUUGAACCCGGUACUGGGCAAUGGGUACCCAUUUGUGAGCCAGUUUACUCCAAUCCUAUCAACAAUAUGAAAAGUGCUCUUACAGGAGAAUUGAAGAUUUGCCGUCUAAGCACUUCUGUAAGUGGCGUAGAUGGAGGCGAAGAAGUGUUUAUGUUUGUUGAGAAAGUUUGCAAAAAUAAUAUAAAGAUUCGCUUUUACGAGCUGGACGAAUACGAUCGGGAGGUAUGGCAGGAGAUGGCCAUUUUUUCCGAAGCGGACGUACACCAUCAGUAUGCAAUUGCUUUCAAAACGCCGCCAUACCGCAACAAGGACAUAACGGAACCGGUCGAGGUGCACAUGCAGCUCUAUCGGCCGCGCGAUCAAUGCCAGAGCGAACCGGUACUAUUUAAGUAUAAACCACGACCCGGCAUGAUGGUGCCCGGUAGCAGUGGUACCGGAUCUCGUAAGCGACUUCGCAUUAGCUCUGGGAACAUUUCCUCCGAAAUUCCUACCGUUAUCCCGAAUGAUCCGAAUGGAUCGGUUGGUUUGGCUGGAGGCGGUGGUGCUGGUGCUGGAGGUGGAGGAGGUACCUGUGGACCCGUAAGUGUAGGUUCUGGUUCAACUACCCGUUUACCACCCUUACAUCAACCCUUCCCUAUGUUGGCCAACCAUGACGGUACCAUACCAGAAGGUCACGAACCAUCCUCGACAACAGCGAUCAGCACGACGAACACGGGCCAUCCGACUACACAUCAUCAGGACAUAAUGAGUGGGAUCGGCUCAACAACCACCAUCAGCAAGGAGCUGUCCAAGGCAAGCAUCAUACAAGAGAUACUGAACAUUCCAACAACGAUUGCGUCGGACGUAGCAUUUGAUUCAAGCGACUUCCCAUGUAACUCCGAAGAAUUCAACAAGCUUAUCCAAGAGAUUGGCAACCAGCAGGAUUUGGUAAAGCUGGAGACAGACUCGGAAACGGUCGGUGAAACGGAGAACGUUCUGAGCCGGGCAAUUGCUGAUCUGGUCGCAUCUGGAGACGAUGCCCGGCAGGGUGAGAUGCUGCGUAAGCUGUUGGCGUUGAUUAAACUGUUUGCUGGCGACGCUAACCGGUCUCGGCAGCUGCUUGCUUCCCACUGGACCGCCGCUAAUCAGCAGCAGCUCAACUCUUUGCACGCGGCCAUACGGCGCAAUGAUACGACGGUGGCGUGUAAGUUAAUCGAACUGUUGGAUGAGUUUCGGUUAACGGACGAACUAUUAGAUCUGCCGAACGAUCGCAAUGAAACGGCGCUGCAUCUCGCGGUUUCUAGCAACAACGAACCGAUCGUGGAAGCGUUGCUGAAAGCAGGCGCCAAACUUAACUUUUGUGAUUAUCGGGGAAAUACGGCGCUACACCGAGCAGUGGUUGAAAACGUACCGGGUAUGGUACGGUUGCUGUUGCGCCACGGACAAAAAGGAGGAUCUCGGCUGGAUUGUACAAAUGACGACGGUCUUACCGCUUUGCAGGCGGCCGUAUAUGCUCGAAAUCUGAAAAUUACCCGUAUUUUGAUCGAUGCCGGUGCUUCGGUUCGUGAGAAGGACCUCAAACAUGGCAAUAACAUUUUACACAUCGCAGUGGACAAUGACGCGCUCGAUAUCGUAAACUACAUACUGGACAAUGUAGAUCACGAGCUGGGCUGCGAGCAGAACAAUGCCGGCUAUACCCCGUUACAGCUGGCGGAUGCUAAAAGCCACACCGGACAAGGAAACAACAAGCUGAUCGUGCGUGAGUUGCUGUGCCACUAUCCGGAUGGUUUGCAAAAGGAUGCAAAGGAUGCAUCCCGAAAUCGUACAGAAGAUGAUCCCCAAGAUCCGAACGAAGAUGUUGAUGAAGACGAAGAAGAGGAGGAAGAUGAAGACGAAGAAAGGGAAGAGGAGGAAGAAAUUGAUCCGAAAGAGGCGACGAUUAUCAAGAAGGAAGGAAACGCGAAUGUGCUUGAAUCGAUCAACCUUAGCUGCGAUCGGGUAAACAUUGCACGCCUGCUAGAGGAGCACGAACCGGAAGCGGAACCGCAGCGUAAAGCGACUAAACGAUCUGAUGUCGUCGCGGAUCAAAAGGAAUCAUCCGGCACGGGCACACUGUUCGAUGAUCAGUGCAUGGACGAGCUGUGUAAACAUUUGAACGAGGACGACAGUUGGCGUGCGUUGGGUUCGUUGCUUGAUUUCCAUGCGUUUUUCACCGUUUGGGAGCAGGUGCCAUGUCCAGCCCGGAUGUUGCUGGGUUAUUACGAGAUGGAACAACUUAAUAUGGAUCGGCUGAUCGAUAUGCUUCGAGUGUUGGAGCUGCGUGAAUGCAUUCGUAGCAUCGACGAAAUGAUCUGCCGACGGAUGAAGUAGUGACGUAGUAGAGAUGUGAUUUCGUUGGACGCGUGCCAGCAAUGUACAGGUUUUUUGUACCGAGGUGCCAAUGGCCUGCAAAAGAAUCCGCCCCAAUUACCCAUAUGUGUGUUUGUACCAGGUCAAUCUGUAACGAUUGUUCUAGCCAUAAGUAAUUGAUAAGCACAAUAUUUUAUACCGUUUCCGUACCUUUUUGCUACAUUCUAUACAAAAGCACACGUUAUAUUAUAUCGUUAGAUAGUUUGUAAUCAAGAAAUAA